AUGAACCUUUUACUGACCCUCUUCCUUCUCUUCUACCUCCCCCUCUCAGGGACCUCAGCCCUUACCCUCCCCUCCCCUCAAUCCACAGACUCUAGCGGACCACCCCCGCAAACCUACCACUCCAACCGCUGGUGCGCCUGGUGUUACGGCUUCCCUGAUGCCCCAGACUCGCACCACUGCAACCUGAUCGGACAGACCCCGCAGAACCUAAGCACUGCCACAAACGGCAAGACUCCCUACCAACUCCUCUUGCUGAACCACGACUUCAGCCGCCUCUUGUGGGCAAGGACACGGCUGGGGGGGCUAGGGCAAGGCGUGAAUAUCACAAUUCCGGGAACAAAGAAUUUCAUGGCCAGGUUGGAGAUUGUGGUGAAGCAAGAUUCAAAAAAUUUAACGGGGUUACCUGAGAUUCAGAUCUUUGCGAACGGAACCUAUCGCGGCAAGCCUGACAGGAUGGAGUGGAAGCUCGAGUGGCCUCAGAACGAUAUCAUGACUUGGGGGACGUUCUUUAACUGCGAUCCCGCUUCGCAUGGGAUCUAG